GGAGGAUGGGGAGCAGGAAGAGGUGAGAGAUCUGGAUGAUGAGAUUCCGGAUGCUGGGGAGGAGAGUUUUGGGUUCGAUGGUGGGGAGGAUAGUAUGGCGGAUGAUUUGUCGUCUAGUGAGGGGCGGCCUCUUUCUCUUGAUGAGAAUGAUGACGAGGAGACUGAGGAGGAGGAGGACGAUGACGACGAAGAGGACGACGAAGACGACGAUGCAACGGCCGUGGACGAGGACGAGUACGAGAGGCGGGAUGGUCUUGUCGCGGCGAGGAUGCGGAUGGCGGACGAUGCCUUCAGACAGGCCAUGGCAAGGGGCGACGUCGACGGCGACGACAUGUACGGCGCCGAAGAGGAGCUCGAGGCCUCGGGCCAGGGCCAGAUGCUCGACGAGGAGGACCUGCUUGAGCCCGGCGAGGACGGUCUUCUUGACGUCGACGACGACGACUUGGGUAUGGGCGUCGACAUGGACGCCGAUCUGGACGAUGAGAUUCCCGAGGCGGAGGGGCUGAGCGGGGUGUACGAGCAUACCGACUCGGAAGCCGAGGUGAGCGGGUUGACGAGCAGUGUUAUUAGCAGUGGCGGAGAGGAAGAGGAUGAGGAUGAUGAGGAGGAAGGGGAUAUCAGUUUUGCGCCGAGGGCUGCGCCUUUGAGGGCUCCGCUGAGUCCGACUGGGGAUCGGGGACGGGGAAGCGCUGCUGGUGCGGCGAGGUAUCGUCAUCAUGUGCCGAGGAGUAGUAUGGAUCUUAGCGGGUUGCUUUCUGCGGAUGGGAGUAGUAUGAUGGAUAGUAGUCCCAACAUGAGGGCUCAUAGGCGUUGAGGGGAUGAGAGAGAGGAAGAUGGAAUCAUGAUACCCCCCUUACCCGUCACAUACAUUGUUUGAGAGGCACGGAGCGAUAGGCGUAGAGAUGUCCCCCGCGUUCACGAGCCUGUUAGGAAACAGCAUGCAUACACCAAUAUUCGAGAUUUAGAGAUGGUAGCGCGUAGUGGUCGCUUGUCACGAAGUCACAAAGCGCAAGACAGGAGUAUCCAGUACUUAGUGUAGAAACGU